GAGUUCCAUCUGAAGGUCAGCUCCGUGCUCAAGGACGGAGUGCCGCAGCGCUUCUGUCAGCAGUGCGGCCGCUUCCAUCACCUGUCCGAGUUUGACGGUAGUCGACGCUCUUGUCGUACGAUGCUGGCACGUCACAAUAUGCGGCGUGCCAAGAAGAUGGGCCAGGGGGGC